AAUACCACCUAUUUGAGCAAACGAAUUGAAACAAGUCACCGAAGAAGAAGAAGAUGGGAAGUAAUCUGAAAAACCCUAGUAAGAAGUUCCAGCUCAACCCUAACUGGGCUCAGCUCUCUCAAAAACUGAAAGGCCACGGCUUUAAAUCAUCUUCAAACACUUCACACAAGCCAGGAAUUGAAACCCCAAAAGGCGUAUUAGGAAAGCGUAAAGAGAGAGCCAAUGCGGAGUCCGAUGAGUCUGGACCUAUUGCUCUUGCGCCAAGCUCUUCCGAUUGUAGUCUGACAGAUGCAUUAGCUAUGGAUUGUGAAAUGGUUGGCGUCAGUUCUCUAGGAAACAGAAGCGCUCUUGGACGAGUUACUCUGGUAAAUAAAUGGGGCAAUGUUAUAUGUGAUGAGCAUGUUCGCCCAAUAGAGCGGAUAGUUGACUUCCGUACAGAGAUAAGUGGAAUUCGACCUCGCGACUUGAAGAAAGCAAAGGAUUUCCGCAUUGUUCAGAAGAAAGUGGCAGAAUUGAUCAAGGGAAAGAUUCUCGUUGGUCAUGCCUUACGCAAUGAUCUUAAGGCAUUGCUAUUAAGUCAUCCAAAGAAGGAUAUACGAGAUACCUCAGAGUAUCAACCCUUUCUAAAGGAAGGACACAGGAGGGCACUUAGGCAUCUAGCUGCUGAGAUUCUUGGUGCGAAAAUUCAAAGUGGGGAGCACUGCCCUAUAGAAGAUGCCCGGGCAGCAAUGCUGCUUUAUCAGAAAAACAGGAAAGAAUGGGAGAGGAGUAUCAAAGAUUUUGUGAGGCUUAAGCAGAAGCAGAAGAAACGCAAACAGAAAAAGAAACCGAAGAAGGUUUAAAUAUAAACCAUGCUGCAAACACAUCUUAGCAACAACUGCACAUCUAAAUUGACGCCUUCGAAAUAGCCCCUUCAUAUCUUGCUUGGAGAAAAUACAGAAAUAAUUCCCAUAGGAUCAAACAGAAGAAGGAAAUUUACCAGGAGGAAGAUUAAAAUAGUGAGCAACAUGUCAUUAAUCCAUUUAGUGAUCCUGCUACUAAUUUUUUGUUGGUGCUAAUUCUAUUUCACCGAAAGAGGCAUCAAUUGGGGCGUCUUCUUGAAGGACUGAUCUCUCAAGUUGAAGUCACAGAUGGCCCUGCGUUGUUUCCAAACUUUUUCCUACCAUAAACUAAAGGUUCUUAUUUUCUCAUUCAUGUAAAAGCAACUGUAUUGUAUGCAUUAUUGGUAUCAGUUUUGCUGUGUGCUACCUGAGCAGAUACGAUAUAUUUAUGGUACUUACUUUCAAGUUUUCAUCGACGG